AUGGCCGUGCCCAACUAUACAUUCGACGCCUCCCUCGCGCGCUUCAACAUAUCCAAAGCCGCCUUUAUCGCCGCCCACCCUCCCAUUGCGCGCGUCAUGGCCGCCGCCAUGGUCUUUCGCCCCAACCCUUCUUCUCCCUCUUCCUCCUCUUCCUCCUCUUCCCCUUCCUCUUCCUCGCCACCGCAGACUCUCCUCCUCUGCCGCGCCGCCACCGACUCGUACCCGCUCAAGUGGGAGAUUCCCGGCGGCAGCGUCGACGCCGACGACGCCACCAUUCUCGACGCCGUGGCGCGCGAGCUCUGGGAGGAGACGGGCCUGACGGCCGCGCACAUGGUCGCGCCGAUUGUCAUGGUGCCCGAGGAGCCGCUGACCGAGGCGACGCGCGCAGGGCUGGGCAUACAGCCGCAGGACGAGGGGCUCGGCGUCGACGCCGACGGCUUGACGGUGACGUUUGAGGAGACGGGCAGGCUGUGGGGCAAAGUGACGGCGCUGGUGACGACGGCGGCGGCGGUGCGUGGUGAGGAAGAGGUGGUGGUGCUGAGGGAUGAGGAGCAUGGCGAGGCGGCGUGGGUGACGGAGGAGGAUGUGCAAAGAGGCGAGCUGCCAGAGGGCGACGGGACGAAGGGGCGCAGGACAAUGGACUUUGUGAGUGAUGGCGUGCGGAGGGCGAUUUUGGAUGGGUUUCGUGUGUAUGAAAAGAGUCUGGCAAAAGAGAACAAUGGAGCAUAA